AGUUUCUCUUUCCAUUUCAAAGAAAAAAAAAAAAAAAGACAAAACAAAACAAAACAAAAGUACCCAACAGCGAUACCUCAGCCUCAAAGCCUUGUUUUCAACUCUUCAUCCUUUUUCUUUCCUUUUUUUCUUAAUUUCCUCAAAAACAAACCUAGAAAAGAAGAGAUCAAAAAGAAGAGCCCACAGAGAGAGGUCUGUCUUGGGGGGAGCUUUCUAUCACUGCUCCAACGGACUUCUUCUUCUUCUUCUUCUGUGGUGCUCUCUCUCUCUCUCUCUCUCUCUCUCUCUAGCCAGAUCCCGCCAAACUGAUGAGAACCAAGAUGAAUCCUCAGCUGUGCAUUAUGAUGUUUUGGGCUCACUGUUCACAUUUUAAUAUCAUGUUGUUAUGAUUUCUGGUAUCGUAUUCUUCACGGUGAGUGUUGCUAUCAGAGUUCAACAACUUGCCAUGAAAGUCUUAUGUUUUAGGAGUCUUGACCUCAAGUAUGGAUUUGGUGAAGAGUUAUGUGAAUAGAAAAUUAUAUAAAUCAAAAUUUUGACCUAAAAAUUUGACUAGCUUGUUUUUUUGGGAGGCUAAGUUACUACAAGCCUCAUAAAACAUAGGGUAAUAAACUGAGAUUCUUAAUCAUUUUUGGAUUGGUUGUACGGCUAGAACGCAUUAUGGCUGUUGCCAAGAGCAACAGCAUCAGAGAAACGCCAAAACAGCCAUGUAAUUGCUACAAAGUUGCAAGCUUGAGUGAAACCAUUUUGGAGACUGAGCAGACUGCAAAUUUGAAAGAUCGAUACAUUCUUGGAGAGCAAUUGGGAUGGGGUCAAUUUGGUGUUAUUAGGUUGUGCUCAGAUAAGUUGACCAGAGAGGUGCUGGCAUGCAAAUCCAUAUCUAAAGAUAGAUUGGUAACCUCUGAUGAUGCACGGUGUGUCAAGCUUGAAAUUGAAAUAAUGACUAGGUUAUCAGGGCAUCCAAAUGUUGUAGAUCUAAAGGCUGUUUAUGAGGACGAGGACUAUGUUCAUUUGGUGAUGGAGCUUUGUGCAGGAGGGGAGCUUUUCCACCGUUUAGAGAAGUAUGGGCGUUUCUAUGAAGUAGAGGCAAGAGUUCUCUUCAGGCAUCUGAUGCAAGUGGUCCUCUAUUGUCAUGAAAUUGGUAUUGUUCAUAGAGAUUUAAAGCCAGAGAAUAUCCUCUUAGCUACAAAAGCAUCAUCAUCACCAAUCAAACUAGCAGAUUUUGGUCUUGCAACGUAUAUUGAGCCUGGGCAGUGUUUGCGUGGGACUGUUGGGAGUCCAUUUUAUAUAGCACCUGAGGUUUUGGCUGGGGGAUAUAAUCAGGCUGCUGAUGUUUGGAGCGCUGGGGUGAUUCUGUACAUACUUCUUAGUGGAACACCACCAUUUUGGGGUAAGACCAAGUCACGAAUAUUUGAUGCUGUGAGGGCAGCUGAUCUGCAGUUCCCAUCAGAUCCUUGGGAUCGCAUUUCUGAUUCUGCAAAGAAUUUAGUCAGGGGAAUGCUCAAUACAGAUCCUUUUCAAAGGCUUACUGCUCUUCAGGUUUUAGAUCAUAUAUGGAUGAAGAAUGAUGAAUCAAGUUAUGAAGAAUCAGGUGAGCUUGUAUACAAAAGUUGUGGAGAGUGGGAAUUUGGUAGUGGCUCAUUCUCUUUGUCUAGGGAUCAAGAUAUCAGCUUUGGUGCUGGAUUGCCAAUCAUUAAUGAUGUUCAGUCACCUGCACUAACAUGCAGAACGACAUUUUCUUCUUUCUUGGUGGAGCCAUCUACACCUUGCUUUGAAUUGGGUGGAUUUUCUUUCCGCAGCAGUAAUUCUGAUGGCUUAGAAUUUUCUUCUCCCAUUCCCUCAAUGCCAAGCUUCGCAUUCUUCAGUCCUGGUUCUGUGGUUGAACAAGAGAACUGCAAAUUAGAUUUCUCAACCAACAUUACUGGAACGGACAGAAUUCAUGGAGAUGCAGGCUUGGAUAAGUUGCUCAAGUUUCCAGAUUCUUCUCCAUGCUGUGGGCCCGAGGCAAGAGAAAUGGAAAACAAGACAGCUGAAUUUAGAAGGACAGGGGGAUCAAGUGGGUCUAGGAUAUUGGCCUUUCACAGCAAGAGGAACCGCACCAUUGGUCAUGGUGAGCGAGAACCACUUGAUUUCAUGGUGUCUGAAUCAGUUAUCCGAUGGGCAUCAUGCACAAAUCUUCCAACUGCUACAUCCCUCAGGUUAUCUCUUGUGUGUUGAGCUGUCAGUUUGGAAUCAGGAUAGUUCUGAUUGAGGUAAACAUUUGCAGAAACUGCAUUUCUAUGUAAAAGGUUUUAUGGCUAAUUCUUGUAUUGGGUAGUGUUUUGUGCCCAUGUUUCUGAUUCCCGGUGCUUAGCACCUCCUUGAAGUGAGUGAUAUUGAGAGGUAUGUCACUUGGAGUGCUGCUUCUAGCUUUUUCACUGGUAGAUACUUGGCAGGUAGGGAGUAACAAGUUGUGCCUGGGCUGGGGUUUUUCUUCAUGUAUAAAGCAAUGAUAUGAAGUUUUCCAGGUUUCAUAUUUUGGCAUUGUACAAGUAACAGCAAGUGUAAUGUUGUGUAUCCCUUCCCCUUGUGUUCUA